AUGGUUGCCAGUGAUUGGAAUGGGCAGACUGGAUCUGGCGACUACAGUCGUCUUCUUGGUCGCUUUGGGACUGGUUCCCGAUGUGACAGUGGCAAGGGAUUACUGGACUUCAAUGGUCAGAACCGACUGCUUGCCACCAGCACGUGCUUCCAGCAUCGCAACAAGCAUCUCCUGACCUGGUAUUCAAACGGCGGUCAUACGGCCAGUCAGAUGGACUACAUACUAGUCAGCUCAAGGUUCCGCAGCUGGGGCCACGAUAGCGGACUGAUGCGUGGUGUCCAGACUGAUAACGUCCAUGGGUCGGACCAUGUCCUCAUUCGUACACGCUUGAAAGUUCACCUCUCAUUCACACCAAAAACACCACGUCCUAGACGCCUCUAUGUCGCAAAACUCCGACAAACCAACACUGCCGAGGACCUGAGCAGAGAAAUCUAG